AGGUUGCUGUGGAUCAGGGCUGCAGAGGAAAUCUUCAGCCCUGAGUGUGUGUGCUGUGAGGAGCUGUUGAGUAUAUAAACCGGACCGUGUCUGACCGGCCCGAGCGCAGACGCCCUGUGUGCCGUUGUGCCUCAGUUUGCUGUGUUGUAACUGGUAUAAAUGGCAGGUCAUUGUUGAUGGCAGGCCCCUAAAGGCCCGAGUGUAAACAGCAGCAGCAGCAUGGCCUCCUUUACCUCCAUGGACAGACACAUCCAGCAGACCAACGACAGACUGCUCUGCAUUAAACAGCACUUACAGAACCCAGCUAACUUCCAGACGGCAGCGACGGAGCUGCUGGACUGGUGUGGAGAUCAGCGGGCGUUUCAGAGGCCCUUCGAGCAAAGCCUCAUGGGAUGCCUAACGGUGGUGAGCCGUGUAUCUACUCAGCGGGGGUUUGAUAUGGAUCUGGGUUACAGGCUGUUGGCUGUUUGUGCUGCAAACAGGGACAAAUUCACCCCCAAAUCAGCAGCUCUCCUGUCUUCCUGGAGUGAAGAGCUGGGUCGGCUUCUCCUUCUGAGGCACCAGAGGAACAGACAGAGUGACCCUACAGCAGGAAAAAACACCAUACAGCCCAGCAUGAACAGCCUGAAACCAGCACUCAACCACGGCGACGGCUCUUAUCCAUACGACUCUGUCCCCUGGCAGCCGAGCACCAAUCAGGCACCUGGGUCGGUCUCUGUGGUCACCACAGUCUGGGGGGUGAACAACACAUCCCAGGGUCAGGUGUUGGGGAACCCCAUGGGGAAUCCCAGCCCCCAUAUGAACCCCGGAGGUAACCCAAUGGCAGGCGGCAUGACGGGCCCUAUGAACCCAGGUCCAUUUCCUGGGCAACAGCAGCAGUUCUCCAAGGCUGGGGCCGGUGAAGGAUACAUACAGCAGGGCAUUUAUGGCAGAUCCACUUACCCCGGGGCAGGAGGGUAUGGAGGCAGUUACGCGGGAGGUCCUAAUGGUAUAAAUCCAAACUCCCGCCCUCCUUCUGAUUUCAGCCAACCAGCUGCUGCUGCCGCUGCUGCUGCUGUUGCUGCUGCAGCUGCCACGGCAACGGCCACCGCCACGGCAACAGUCGCCGCCCUGCAGGAGACCCAGAAUAAGGACAUGAGUCAGUAUGGACCGGUGUGCUCUUCGUUCCAGAUGGGGACCCAGCCAUAUGGGGGGCAGUUCAUGGGCCCUGGCCCCCGGGGGCCCCCAGCCCUGCAGGAGGGUAUAGGAGGGCCUCCUAUGGGCAUGGGGCAGCCUCGGAUGCCGAUGGGGCAAAUGGGACCUUAUGGAGUACCCGGGCAGAGGAUGGGUUACCAUGGCAACCGCCCACAGAGUCUACCUGUACAUGGCAUGAAGAGACCCUACCCUGGAGAGGUUAACUACGGAGGGCAGCAGUGUGGACCAAACGGGCAGUUCCCCCCGCACCAGGGGCAGUAUCCCGCUCCGACCUCCUCCAGACCCCUCCCAUCCCCUACGUACCCCAGCCAGAGGCUUCCUCAGGGUCAGAACCCCGGGCAGUACCCUCCCAGCGGGCCGGGCAUGGGGCACUUCUUCAAGCAGGAACCUUUCAACUCUCAGAGUAACGUUAAUAACUUCAGCGGCAGCUUCCAGUACAGCCAAGGCACCAUGAACGAGCCUCCGAGGCCUAUGGGUAACUACCCCCAAUCUCCAGUGCCAGGGAACCCCACCCCCCCAAUGACUCCUGGAAAUACUAUUCCUCCAUAUCUGUCGCCCAAUCAGGACGUUAAACCACCUUUUCCUGCAGACAUCAAACCCAGCAUUAGCUCUCUGCCGCCCCCUGGUGGCUGUGGAGAGGAGCUGAGGCUGAACUUCCCCGUGCGGGACGGUGUGGUGCUGGAGCCGUUCAGACUGGAGCACAACCUCGCCGUCAGUAACCACAUCUUCCACCUGCGGCCGUCCGUCCACCAGACGCUCAUGUGGAGGUCUGACCUGGAGCUGCAGUUUAAGUGUUAUCAUCACGAGGACCGUCAGAUGAACACUAACUGGCCUGCCUCGGUGCAGGUGAGCGUUAACGCCACCCCCCUGACCAUCGAGAGAGGAGACAACAAGACAUCCCAUAAACCCCUGCUCCUCAAACACGUGUGCCAGCCUGGAAGAAACACCAUCCAGAUCACCGUCACUGCCUGCUGCUGCUCUCACCUGUUUGUGCUGCAGCUGGUGCACAGGCCGUCUGUGCGCUCGGUUCUGCAGGGCUUGCUGAAGAAACGCCUGCUGCCCGCUGAGCACUGCAUCGCUAAAGUGAAGAGGAAUUUCAGCAGCGUAGCCGUCUGUGCCGGGAAUGCCGGGAUAAAUGGGGAAGACGGUGUGGAGCAGACGGCCAUCAGGGUUUCUCUGAAAUGUCCAAUCACAUUCCGGAGGAUUCAGCUUCCUGCACGGGGACACGACUGCAAACACGUACAGUGUUUCGAUUUGGAAUCAUAUUUACAGCUGAACUGUGAGAGAGGAACGUGGAGAUGUCCUGUGUGCAAUAAAACUGCCCUGUUAGAGGGGCUGGAGGUCGACCAGUACAUGUGGGGCAUCUUGAACGCCGUCCAGAAUUUGGAGUUCGAGGAGGUGACGAUCGACCCAUCCUGUAGCUGGCGGCCGGUGCCAACGAAACCAGAGGGUCAGAUAAAGGAGGAUCCAGACGGGCCGCUGGUUAAGCGGUUCAAGACCAUGAGUCCGAGUCAGAUGGUUCUGCCCAACGUGACGGACAUGAUCGCACAGCUCGGGCCCGGGCCAAACUCAUACCCCAACCCAAACCCCAACGUCCACUCUCAACAGAGCAAUGUCCACGAGUUCCACAGCCAAGGCAGCAGUUACCAGGGUCACUGUAACUUUGACCAUCCCCAUGGCAACACAGCAGAAGGGUCAGUGAAUGAGCUGACGCAGGGGUCACAGUUGUCCCACCCGCCCUCAGACCCACCGGCCAGUGGCCUUCUGCCAGCCAACAAACCGCUCGCACACUGUCCCGCCAACCUGGUGCCUCAUCCUGUCAACACAGAUCCAUCCCAGAAUCCCUUGCAGCACAGUUUACACGGGCCUCCGAACAGCAGCAGCCAAUCAGGGCAGCUGUUACAGCACAGUAGUCCCUGCCAGACCUCGCGGCCACCACCCAGCCAUCAAAACCCCGCCCACAGCAGCCAUAUGCAUCCAGACUUUACCUUCAAUCCCUCAAACAGCCUGGAGGGUCAGGCAGGAGGCACCUCAGACAUGCCGGAACCUUCCUUAGACCUUCUUCCAGAUUUGGCCAACCCAGAUGACCUGCUGACCUACCUGGACCCUCCAGACCUGCCCAGCAGCAGCAAUGAUGAACUGCUCUCACUCUUUGAGAACAGCUAAGAGAGAGAGAGAUAAAAAACAGUGAUGCACUCCCUGUGCCCUCGCCCUCCUGUGCAAACUGCAGGCCUCAGAAUGCCACUUUAUGUGCAGCUACAUGCAUUUCCUAAGUUGCACAAAAGUCUUAUAAACUUUAGGAAACAUGGUGUAGCAUUUGUUUCUCUUUUUUAAUUUUUGGAUACAUUUGUUUUUGAUAUGAAACACAUAUGAACAGAAAUCCGCCUGUUGCGGCCAGUACGCGUCCUCCAUUCAAAGCUCUGAUGAUGAAAUUAAACCAAACCAGCCCAGGAUCAACAAAGGGUUUUUGUUUUCCAGACCAGUAGCACUGUUUGCGUCUCCAGCGCGUUUCUCAAGAAGCACAAGAGAAACAAAAGCAACCACCAAAUCACUCCACAGGCAGCCUCUCCUCAUGUGUCUUAUUAGAAAAAUUACACUGAUUUUACACCAUUUUCAGUGGACGGCUGCACAAACACGGCUGUAUGUUCCAGGAUUUGACUGCUGUUGAACCUGAGGUUGUUUGAGAAGAUCUGACCAGCCAGAUCCAAUCAGAGAGCAAGAAAACAGACAGAGCAACAAUGUAACAAUCACAUCUGUAUCUCAGAUACUUUGAUGAGAGAAUCAGACCUGACCAAGAAGAUUAAACUGAUAAUCUGGUAAAAAAAAAAAUCUAAUUUACAGUCCCGCCUCCUCCUUACCACAAAUGCAGUGGAUCAAUCAAGAUGUGUUUGGUGUCGACAUUGAAAAAAAUUCAGCAUCAGAUCAGCUUAAAAUUAGGCGACUUGCUUCUUAAUGGUUUUAAGUUAAAUUAACUUGUGGGUACUGGAGUUUAUGGAAGCCCCUCCCACCAGGUAGAUACCUGUGCUUUUUCUCCUCCAUUUCUGGUGGCACUACGUCAAAGUUUUGACUUAGUAUCUUGAAGUAAUGGCUUAGUUUCGUGAAAAAAUUAACUUACGAAGUCGAAAUGAUGACAUUUUCUCAAAACAUUGAUUUAGUAUGUUAAAAUAAUGAGU